AUGGAAGAGGAAGAGUAUAGCUCUGAAACAUCUAACGAAGAAGAUGGCGAAAAAGAAGGAAAUGCUGCUGAGAGUGAUGUCUUCAGACCAGUUGAUGUAGAUCCAGCAUGUUUACCAAAAGUAGGGAUGAUAUUUGACUCGGAGGAAGAUGCCUUUCAGUUUUAUGUGACAUAUGGCUGUCACGCAGGUUUUGGUAUUACAAGAAGAUCUAACAAUACCUUUGAUGGUUUCCGCUAUCGCUCUACAUUCAUAUGUUCUAAAGGAGGGCAGUCUAGACUGAGAUCUGGUGUGACAAGACCUGCAAGAAAGCGAGGCAUGAAGACUGGCUGCAAGGCCAAGAUGAUUGUGAAGGAUGCCCAUUUUCAAAAUCGCUGGGAAGUAAUUGUUCUUGAGUUAGAGCACAACCAUCCGUUGGAUCCGAGCUUGCUUAAGUUCAAGAGACAUUUGAAGAACUCAACUUUUUCGAUAAAUCCACCUCAAAUUUGUGAGUCUGAGGGACAACAGAUCAACUCAGCUCUUGUACAAUCAAGCAGAGUUGGUGAUACUGGUGUAACUUCGUCCUCUACACAGAUUGAAUUCAAAGCCAAAAUAGACAGAAAUAGGAAAUUGAAGCUCGCAGAAGGAGACUUAGAUGCCCUGUUGGAUUUUCUCAACAAAAUGCAAGACCAAAACCCUUGUUUCUUUUACAGUUUAGAUAUGAAUGAGCAAGGGCAGCUAAGGAAUGUCUUUUGGGCUGACGCUAAAUCACGCAGUUCAUACAAUUACUUUGGUGAUGUUGUUGCUAUUAAUGUCACAAACUUUAGUGAUCAGUAUGAUAUGCAGUUUGUGUCAUUCAUGGGCACUAACCACCAUGCACAGCCAGUGUUACUAGGUUGUGGCCUGCUUGCUGGUAGAUCUCUUGGGGCUUAUGUGUGGCUUUUUGGUACAUGGUUAAGAUGUAUGAAUGCCAAGCCACCACAUUCAAUAAUUACAAACUACUGUCAUGAUGUAGCGAUAGCUAUUAAAAAGGUUUUCCCUAACGCAAGGCACCGUUUUUGCCUUUCACACAUCUUAAAUGUGCUUCCUGAAAAGUUGGAAGAAAUGGAGAACAAGGAUGAAAUUAUUUCCACAUUCACCACACUGGCCUAUGAUUAUGUUACUGUGCCUGACUUUGACAGAGAGUGGCAAGAUACCAUCCAACAUUUUCGUUUAGAGGGAAAUGAAUGGCUGUCCAAACUAUAUGAGGUCAGGAUGCAGUGGGCUCCUGUUUAUGUUAAGGAUUCGUUUUGGGCAGGAAUGUCUGUCACAGACAGAAGUGAUAGUGUAACCGACUAUUUUGAUGGCUGGUUGAUGUCAGGAACCUCUUUGAAAAUGUUUGUAGAGCAAUAUGAGGAAGCUGUUAAAGGCAAGUUAGAAAAGGAAUCUUAUGAAGAUUUACGAUCAGCUCAGAUGAGGCCACUAAUGGUGACGGGGUUGCCCGUGGAAGAUCAAGCAGCAAAGGUGUACACUGCAGAAAUCUUUCAGAAGUUCUUCAAUGAAAUAGGACAUUCAUUUCAUUGCAAUUAUAGUAUACUUGAACGUAAUGAUUCAAUGGUUACAUACAUAGUUUCGGAGCAUGUCGAUCAAACAAACAAGGUAGACUACAAAGUUGCUUAUGAUAAUGUUCAAGGUGACAUAUGGUGCCUCUGCCGUUUGUACCAAUCCAAAGGAAUAUUGUGCAGGCAUGCACUCACUGUACUGAGACAGGAGCUUGUGCCGAUGAUUCCACAAAAAUACAUCAUUCAUCGCUGGUGCAAGGACUGUAAACAAACCUGUGCUUCGAUAUCCCAGCCUGUCUCAGCAGGUAAUCAGGAACUGGGAAGCUACGAUGAUCUGUACAAACUUGGCCACCAAUACUUUGCAGAAGUUGUGGAAUUUGGUUCCAUGAACUCAGAAUCAAAAGAAUAUGCUUUGUCAAUCAUGAGAGAAAUCAGGGAUAAAGUGAUUUCAUAUGAGAAGUCACUAAGAGAUCAAAGGGUUGACAGCCAUGUUUCAACAGCCAACUUUGCAUACAAUCCUGUGAACGAGGAUUUUACUGAUGAUGCUUUGCCCAUCUCUCUUAGUACAAAGGGCUGGGAUCUUACUCAAGGCCAAUCCAAACGUUCCCGAAAGAAGAAGCUGGCGACCCCAACUGUUCUUGAUACUUUGAAAAAGAAAACUAAAAGGGCAUAUAACAAAAGGAGGAAUGCCACUGCAAACACCCUGAACACAGCUGCCACUGUAACUGACAGUGUAACUGAUGGCACAAAUGUUCAGCAGAAUCCUGUAAAUGAGGGAUGGCCGUUAACGUCAACUAGUGCUCCGGAAACUUUCCCUUAUGGAGUGGAGAACAUUUCAUUUGAUUUGUCACAAUACAACAAUGCCCCAAGCUUCCACUGGCCUGAAAGCAGCAGCAGAUCUCAGCUCCAGUGA